AUAGUGAGCGCGAGGGUUUGUGGGAGCGGGCGGGCGGGCGCCGGCCGCCAGGCAGCUGUGGUCCCGGAUGCCGCUCGACGCGGCACCUCAGCGCCCAGAUACGGCUACCUAAUAGGAUAUCAACAUCUAAGAAAAAACGUCUAUGAACAGCAGUGAUCCAUUGGAGCACUCUGUGAAAGAAUAUGGAUCAACAGCCAACUCCUACCAUCUUACUAAGUGUGAUGGAUGAUAUGCAAGUGUCUGAAUUGGAGGAUUCAGUUAUACAGAGCUUAAUAACCCCGAGCCCUCGAAGUGAAAUGGUUGCCCACGAGUUGCAAGAGCUUACACUGCAGACAAAUCCACGCUUACCGCCUCUGAAUGAGCGGAAAAACGUACUUCAAUUAAGGCUACAGCAGAGACGGACACGAGAACAGCUGGUGGACCAGGGGAUCAUGCCACCAUUAAAGAGCCCAGCUGCAUUCCAUGAACAAAGGAGGAGUUUGGAACGAGCAAGGACUGAGGACUACCUGAAACACAAAAUACGGAGUAGGCCGGAGAGGUCUGAAUUGGUCAGAAUGCACAUAUUAGAAGAGACCUUGGCAGAGCCUUCACUGCAGGCCACUCAGAUGAAACUAAAGAGGGCCAGGCUGGCAGAUGAUCUAAAUGAAAAAAUAGCUCAAAGACCAGGUCCUAUGGAACUUGUGGAAAAGAACAUUCUCCCUGUGGAUUCCAGUUUAAAGGAAGCAAUUAAAGGACAAGUCCAUUACCCCAAAACAGACACCACCUCAUUUGAUGAUGACAGCAGUGAUGCUUUGUCUCCAGAGCAGCCCGGGAGCCAGGAGUCACAAAGUUCAGCUCCUUCUCCAGUGGAACCCAAAGUGAAUGAGCUGUCGUCAUCUUCAUCCUCCCCUGUACCAAACGCUGUCAUUCAAUACCAUCCACAGCCAAUGCCUGACUUUCUGAAACCAGCUCCUCUAACUGAUCAGCAAAGUAUGCGUUCAAUAAAUACCACUCUCUCUAUAAGUAUAUCUUCCUCAAACAAGACUACUCCAACCCUAGUGAAGCAAAGCCAACCCAAAAGUGCAAAUGAUAAGAAUCGCAGCAAGAAAAACAAGGAUGCAAAACCCAGGGUGAAGCAGCUCAAGUACCACCAAUAUGUCCCACCAGACAAGAAACAUGAGAACAUUGAACUUCCCAUGGAUACAAACUAUUCCCGUCUCCUGCAACAGCAGCAACUUUUCCUCCAGCUGCAGAUCCUCAGUCAACAACAGCAACAUUACAACUAUCCAGCCAUUCUCCCUGCACCACCAAAGUAUGUAGCACACUCCAGGCCAUCGAAUGAUAACCAGAUAACCAGCCAUAUGUCCACAACCAAUACGCUGACUAACUGCACACAGGCAGUUGCAGCAGGCACGUCGUCAAGGCACAACACACCAUGCAGAAAGCUGGGAAUCCUUCCUUCUAAUCUGGAUGAAAUGAAGAUGCCAGAGCUCAAAUUGGAACUGAAACUGCGUGGACUUCCAGUAUCUGGUACAAAAGUCGACCUGAUAGAGAGACUGAAGUCAUACCAGGAUCUAAGUAACACUCCUGUCGCUGCAGCACUAGUAACUGUCUCUAUUUCCCCUAUUCCAAGAAAUCAAACUACUUCAACAUUUCCCAGUGCUGCUCUCAGUAGUGCCACAAUGACCACAGAGGCAGCCAUGACAACAAUGUCAAACAAUAUACAGUUUCAUGAGAAUUCGGUCUCCCCAACUCCCACCUCUCCAGCUCCCUCUGAACAAUCUAAUUUGAGUACCGAUGACAGCAAUCUCACAGAUAUGUUUACUGAACUGGUGACCAUGGUGUCUCCCUCACAGCUUGCAAUCCACACUUCACCUGUGAACAUGGCAGUUAAUGAAGACAACAUAGGGGCGAGCAUAGCCGGAAAUAGUUCUGCUACGCAAGGAGUUGAUUUAACCAGUGUGGAUACCGAGAAGGACCGAAAACUGCAGGAGAAGGAGAUGCAGAUUGUAAACCUUAUGAGAAAGCUGGAGCACGAACAAAAAUUGGUGGAGGAAUUGAAGAUUCAGUUGGAAAUUGAGAAAAGAUGCCAGCAUCAACAGCCUGUGACUGUGAAUCAGAAGCAUUUGAACUCUUCAAUCAAGGAAGAAAACACUCUCUCUAAUUAUACUACUUCAAGACAGCCAAUGGCUGUUUCUAGUCCAUCCUUGAGCCCCCCUACCAAUAUCAACAUGGGGGGACACAGUCAGAAUGCUACGAAAGGAAAUACCAUGCUUGUGAAACAAGAAGGGCCGUCGGUGACGACUGAGCAAAAGAACGUGUUCUCCCCGUUUUACGUCAAUUCAGCAAGACAAACGCAGACUGCUGUUAUUGCUCAGGCUCAGCCCCAUGCUUUACUGACCACUCAGACAGGAACUCAGCUGUUGCUUCCAUUGGCGAUCCAAGCACAGAACUCAAACCUCUGCAGCAACUCUCAGCACUUAAAAACAGGAAACGUUAAAUCACAGGCUCCUUCACAAGCACGAGUAUCUGUCCCUGUCUCUGCACCUGCACAAGCUUCAGGCUCUCCAAAGCAACCACAAACACAGGAUUCUGUGACCCAACGUACUUUGACCCAGAAUGCACAGAUGAGAAAGGUUUUUAUAUCCACACCACCAUCAAGUGUAUUUCCAAACCACAUUCAAACCACAGCAUCAGUGCAGCAGUGUUUCAUAAACACUUCAGCAGGUAAUGUUCUUCAGCCAAGGACAAGCAGUAUUAAUACACCUAGCAAUGGACUCAGCUCUACACAAAAGUCUGCAUCAUCUGCCUCCCCAUCUCGGUCCCAGCAACCAUUUUCAAUCCAUUCCCCGGUCUUUAGUAACGCUGUUUCGAAGACGAAAGAUCCUCCUCGAUAUGAGGAAGCUAUCAAGCAGACUCGCAAUCUAAAACAGCAGGAGGUGUUCACCGCACACAGCCAGCAGAUGGAUGACCUUUUUGAUAUCCUAAUUGAAAGUGGAGAGAUUUCACCAAUUGUCAAGGAAGAAUUGUUCCCUGCUACCAAGAUGAGAGCUGUUGUUGCCAAUAUCUCCUCCUUGCCCGUAAACUCAGCAUUGUCACGUCCACCACCACAAAUUCAGAUGCUUCCUCGUCCAUUGUCGAUGGAAUCAACCAAUAAUCUCUCAAUCAGUUCAGAAAAUCAACUGGAGGCCUUUCUGGACGGUACAAUGUCAUCCAGUGACAAUGUUCCUCAAAUGUCUAUCAACCAGGAGAGCUCAGACACUCUUUCUUUAAUGGAGGAUCUUCAGAAUGACCUACUGAAUACAUCCAGCAUUCUGGAUCAGCACCAUUCUGUGCUAGACCCCUGUGAUAUGCAUUUCUCUGAUGAGAGUUCUUGCCUCAACUUGGAACUCCCGGACAGUAAUUUGGACAAUAUGGACUGGCUGGAUCUGACGAUGCCAGGUUCAAGUACAGGACUGACUCCUGUUAAUAAUGCUGCUCCUAGUGUGUUUUCCACUGAUUUUAUGGAUGGUCACGAUCUUCAGCUUCAUUGGGAGUGAUGUAACCAGGCUUGCAGUGGUACUCAAGCAAAAAGAGUACGUUUUCUUAGUGUUGUGAGUCAAUCAUCUAGCAAUGGUUAGCACCUAAAGCUAGUAACAAAGAAAGCCAAGAUGAGAUUAUCCAGCCUGGUCCACUUGACUGUUACCAGAGAGAAGAAUGGGUAGUGAAAGAAACAAUACUUCAUGGCAAGCUGACAAUCUGGCCAUAUUAAGACUUCUUAUUUUUAUGUCACAUUUAAUCUGGUGUCAGUGGUGAAUAGUUACUGUUCUAUUGAAAUUGGAAAGAAUUUCUUCUUCAUGCAAGUGAGCUUUUCUGUGGCUGGCUUGAGCCAAAUUGCAUGAUAUUGUGGAGUUCAUUACACUGGCUGGUUCAGUGAAUUCUUAUCAGUCUGAUGAAGCACAUUAUUUUAAAGCCAGAAAUGUUUUUUGAACCAAUUAUUAAUCUUUUCCAAAUUUGUACAUUUUGUGUCAAUGCUCUUUCUGUAAUAUUUUCAUCAUUGUAUUACAUCAAGCAUAUAUGAUUGUCUAGGGCUAGGGUAAAACAACCAUUAUGACCAGGGAGACUAAAACGAUGGCAUCUUGAGAGGUUAGGCAUAGGUGUUUUGGUCAAUACUAAUCCUGCGGGUUUCCUUUGUCAGAGGCCCUUCUGUUUUAAUUCAAGCAGAUUCUUCGUGACAUUUAGAAUCUGUUCAUUUCGAACUCAUCAAUAAGGUUGUAGUUUGUUUUCGACAAAAUUAUCGAUGAAUUUUAAUUUCCAAGCAAUUUCAUCAGUACACAAAAGUGCUUGACCCUCUGUAACAUUUAAACAACAUUAAAGAUAAAAUGAUCAAUUUGAAUUAUUUCGAUGCCAAACACUUUCCCACUUUUUCUAAAGUUUGGGUGGAAUGAAGCAAGUAGAAUGAUUCAGCAAUAGUCAAGUGCUUGAUUUGUAAUGUUCCACACACGCUGACCUUGCUGUCUUAUAGGAGGCAGCACUGGACAAAACAAUCAUGAAUAUAUUAGUGCUAACCUAAUACAUGGUUUCAUAUUUACCAAAUGUCCCCAUGGUAGUUAAAUAUUUAACUUUUAAAGAUCCAUCUUCUUGAAAAUAAAACUGGGAGAGCCUUGUUUUUAUAUAGGAAUGAGGGAUUAAAACACGUCAUGUUAUUGACGUAUGUUAUCGCCUUAUUGACGUAUGAGGCUCUGCUUGCUUCCCAGAACAACAGGAUUUGCCAAACACUUGAUGAAGGAAAAAAAUUAUAAUGUUGAAUGCAAUGUGAUAUUUUGAAAUGUGUGUCCUUCCAAAGGAAUUGAUAGUCACUAAUUAGCCAAAGGGUUUAUAAGUAGAGGUACAGAUUUUAUAAAUCAGAGAAAAAACUGCAGUUUUUAAAGCUAAAGCAGGAUGAGCAAUUUUGAGAAGGAAAUUGUAUUUUCUAUAUUUUAGUGGAUUAAAUUAUAGUGUAAAGGAGGUGAAUUUAUAAUUUAAAAAUAAUUGCCUUUACCAAGAGAAAUAUAUAUCUUGCCCGUCAAAAACAACCUUUGAAUAGUUUAGCGCAUUGAUUUAUGUCAUGCUGUUCUAAUCAUGCCUUUGAUAUUGAUUUGUAUCAAAUGGUUAAAUAUUGGGGAAUGUGGGAUUGUUUUGACUUCUGCAUUGUGGUGCAACAGACAGUUUAAAAAGUCAUUUAGAGUUUGAAUGUACUUGUUGUUUGAAGUACUUUGUCAUCAUGAUUCCCACAGUUCUGCUUGUAUUGGUAUUAUCUUCACAUGGGAUUAUUGAUUAGGCCCAUUGUUUGGAUUUACAACUAGAUUAACUAAAAGCACAGAACCAAUUGAAAGCCAAAAAUGUAAAUGCCAUAGAAUGUCUUCUCAAAGUAACACUAAUUAUAUGAUUAUUUUUGCACACCAUUGAAAUUUGAGAUCAGUAAUGUGAUAAAUGUCGCUGUUCCAGAAAAAUGAACCAUUCUUAAACUACUCUGAUGUGCUGCCAUAGCUACAAAGGCACUUCUAUAUUCACCUUGCAUCUUUUGUCGUGCUUUGUGCUUGGUAAUGUUACCCCACACUCUGCCUAUUCCAGUCACACUUGACCUCUGUCAAACCUGCUCCCAUGUCAUUGCCAAUGUUGCAUUUAACCAGUCAUUUGAAAAUAGAAGUUUAGGUCAUUGAAUCUGACAGAUUCCUUGCCAAUAUAAAAAUAGCACCAAUCUGAUGUUUGCAAUCUUGUAAUAAUGAUAUAACCUAUAUUUGGGAUUAGUGUUCAAGAUCCAAACUGACGUUGGAUCGCAGGAUAAUGGUUUGAAA